AUGACAACCAGUACUGAGCCCUCCCGUGAGGAGGCGGCAGAAAAUGAAGCGCAACAACAACAACAACUAAGCAAUACCGGUACAUCGCCGUCUGAUGAGACCCGCGAACACCAACGGGACAUCAACACCGAGACCCUACCGGGUUAUUCGCAACGAUCCGACGGUCUUCCAUCCUAUGCGCGAGUGAUACUUAACGACCAACGUCGACAAGAAUCCUUAAAAGCCUUUAUCGAAAGUAAAAUGUAUUAUCACGACACAUUUGGCGGAUACAAGGGUAUUGCCACGGGGCCACCGAACGACCCCGCGAAGCCGUUUAAGUGGAUUCAGAGGAAACUGAAGGGCGAGAAAGAUGUUUGGAGGAAGUUGUCGUAUGAGGAGAAGAGGAAGUGGGAGGAAGAUGGAGGUGAUGUUGAUUAUGAUGCCGGUCAAGUGGCGAUUGGGGAUAUGAAUACGUCUAAGAUUGUGUGA